GAGGGGAGACUUCAUAAAGAGCAGGACUUUGAUAUUUAGAAAGUACAUGAACAUGUGGAUUUGCAGUGAUGUACCACAUUUUUCAGUCACUUUCCUUCCUCAGGUUGAUCAUGGCAGCAGCCAGGGUGUCGGCGCCUAACCUGAGCAGCACAGCUGUGGAGGCAGAAGACUACAGUGCUUACUCAAACAUGUCUGAUGAGCAACUCCUGCAGUUGGCUAUCGAGCAAAGUCUAGCUGAGGCAAAUUUGACACCGAGACGUAAUCAAGCAUUCCGCUCCAACACGCUGACACAGGACCGGUACUCACGUGUCCGGCAGCCUCAGGCUAUCCCUCCCCCUGCAAACCCGCCAGCUAACCCACCUGCUAACCCACCAGACCGCCUGUCUGCAAACCCUCCUAAUGAAAAACAGAGUGCAAAAAUCAACAGAGAUGCUCAAAAUCAUUACUUCAGUAAAAACAAGGAUCAAGUGGUUGCUUGGACAAGACACAAUGGAUUCCUGAGGGUUACUGUAGAAUCUAUCAAGAAUUUAGACCCUUUUCUCUCAGCUAUCUGGAAGGGUGAUGCCAAAGCUUUAAGAGAUAUAAUACUACUGAAAUCUAGAAACCUCACUGAAGCUAAUAAAGAUGGAUGGAUACCCCUUCAUGAGUCUGCAUACUAUGGCCAUCUUGAGUGUCUGAAGGUUUUGUUGAGAGCUGAACCGCAGACCAUUAACUGUCGCACUCUCAAGAACCAGACCCCACUUCUUUUGGCUGUGAGCCGCAAGCAUUUGUCUUGUGUUGACUACCUCUUAGAGAAGGGUGCUGAUCCCAAUCUCGCAAAUAACCAGUGGGAGACUCCAUUAUACAAAGCUUGUGAAAAAGGCUUUGACGAAGCUGUGGGCCUUCUUAUAAGAUAUGGAGCAACAAUAACAAAGUCCUGUGUGCAAGGUGGAACACCACUACAUGAAGCAGCACGGCACAAAAACGUGGAGAUGUGCAAAAUGCUACUUCAAGCAGGGGCAAAGUUGAUGGCUAGAAACAUUUAUGGCAUAGAUCCUCUGUUUACGGCAGCUCAAUGUGGAGCUUCUGAAGUGCUGAGCUUCCUACUUAUGAAAGGGGCGGAUGUCAACGCUCAAGCUAAUGAUGGGGCUUCGGCCUUGUUUGAAGCCGCUAAGAAUGGUCAUGGUGAAGUGGUGGAGAUUCUACUGUCAAGAAGGGCUGAUGUUAACAAAUGUAACAAAGCUGGUCUUCUUCCUAUUCAUGUUGCGGCUAAGAAUGGACAUGAUGGGAUUGUGGCCAUGCUGAUACCAAGAACUAGCAGGGCUAAAAUAAGACGAUGUGGCAUCAGUCCUCUACAUCUGGCAGCAGAGCGCAACAGGGAUGAUGUUAUUGAGACCCUGAUUGAUGCUGGCUUUGAUGUCAAUGCCACCCUAUCAGAAGACUGGUCUAAGAUGUAUGAGGAUCGCCGCAGCACUGCUCUGUACUUUGCUGUGGCCAACAGUAACAUUGAGGCAGCCACAAUGCUCCUGGAGGCCGGAGCAAACCCAAACUUAGACAUCUUUAAUGCUUUGCUUGUUGCUGUGAGGAAAGCUUGUAUGGAAAUGGUCACGCUGCUGAUCAAACAUGGUGCUAAUGUUAAUGCUAUUCUCCCAACACACCCCACCAGCUUCCCAGCCACUUUGCUUUUCUGUAUGAAGUAUCUGGCAAUGUUUAAGUACCUAAUGGACAACGGUUGUAAUGCCCUUUCAUGUUUUAAGUGUGAUUAUGGCAGUAAUCCUCAUCCACCCAUCAAAAACAGAAGAAGUGGAAGAGAGGGGAUAUAUUACAUCAUUGAUGAACUGUCAGAAGGCACUGUACAGUUCUGUGAGAUGAUCUCCGGCCCCUCAAUCAGCUGUUGGGCAGGACCCAUCAUAGAUGUUCUGCUGGACUAUGUAGGUCAUGUGAAACUGUGUUCCAGACUCACUGAGCACCUAGACAGUUACAGCGAGUGGGCCCACAUUAAAGAGAAGUCAAAGCCUCCUCGCUCCUUGAUGCAUCUUUGCAGACUAAAGAUUCGUCAGCAACUGGGAAUUGAUAGACUGAGGCAAAUCAGCAGUCUUCCUCUACCUGGGAGACUGAUCAAGUUCUUAAAGCAUGAGCGGGAAUCAUUUGAGGGUGUCCUGUGAAUUGAUUAGGUAAAAUUAUCUUAGAUAGCCAAAAUAGUCUUUUCUUUACUUUAACAGUCUUUUGAACAAUUGUGCAUGUAUUUUUAUGGUCACCCAAAAUUUAACGGCAUGUCCCUAUUUCUUUAGUCUAGUGAUUUACUGUUCAGGACUGACUGAUCAAUUCCGUACCUUUAGCAUAUUUUACUUCUCUGCCUGACAUUGCUAUUUCUGGGUUGGUGUGGAAAAUUUAGACCAAGCAUGCUGAAAAUAGAAUUACAUAACAGUGUUGCAUAAGUAAAACUGUUCUUGCUCACUUUGUUAAUGUAAACAUGUACAUAAAGUGUUUAAGAUGAUGGAACUCUGUAUUAUAAUUGUAUAAUAUUGUACAUGGUAAUGAUAGAUAUGUUGCAUUGAUAGCAAUGAUAGACGAUGGUUGUGAUACUUUUGUGAUUGUUUAAAUAAAAUAAAAUUUUAAAACGCGAUUUCUCUCCGCUUGCAUAUACUGCAUAAGUAAAUAGUUCUGUUUAGUUACAUUACUUUGAAUUCAUUUAGUCCACUAAGCAUUUAAAGUUUUCAAGCUUUAAAAGGCAAGGUAAGGCAAUCAUACAUGCUACUGUAUAGUUUUUUCAGUGGGUUUUCUUCAAACUCUGAAGUUUGGCCACAUUACGUUCUUUGCUUUUCACAAGUCUAAUCACAAUCUGUUCUUCAGGAUACAUUUUAAAGUUCUGCUACUAGUUUUUAAGGCUAUAAAUGACCUUCUACAUACAAAGCUGUCACUGGGGCAGUACCCCUCUUAUUACUGGGGUGGUACCCUCAGGGGUACACCUUAGUACCUUUAGCCAGGGAACAGAACUGUACCAUAAUCCAUUGAAAUUAUAUUUUCCAAGUUGGGUUGACUCCACCUACCCCGCUUCGUCUCCAGGCUUUUUAUUUUACUGUUCUAUUU